AUGGCGGACGCGGCGCUUUUCGAGUUUCUGCACACGGAAAUGGUGGCGGAGCUGUGGGCGCGCGCCCCCGACCCAAGUCCCGGGGGACAGAAGACGAGCCUGUCCGUCCUGGAGGGCAUGGGCUUCCGCGUGGGCCAGGCUCUGGGCGAGAGGCUGCCCCGGGAGACCCUGGCCUUCCGAGAGGAGCAACCUCCGAAGGAGGUCCCUGCACUCGGUGGGAGGGUGCUUGACUGCCCCCUCACACUCCAAAUUGGGGACCACUGGGACCAAAGGGGUGGGGCGGUUGGGUCUUGUUCCCGCCCCCCACCGCACCCCCAGUGGUACACAGCCCUCUGCCCCCAGGGGACCUACAUCCUGCAAGACAACGACUUCCCGCUCCUGGUCCGGAUGGCUGCGGGGCCGCAGUACCUGGAGGAGGCACCCAAGUUCCUGGCCUUCACCUGCGGCCUCCUGCGCGGCACCCUCAGCACCCUGGGCAUCAAGAGCCUGGUCACCGCCUCUGUGACAACGCUGCCCGCCUGUAAGUUCCAGGUGGUGAUCCAGAGGGCCUGAUGGACCCCACCCUCAGCUGAGCGUCACCAAUGCACCCCUAAUAAAAUGCCACGCCCCA